AUGUCAACACAUCACGCAGUACCAGCCAAGCACGGUGAGACCGAACCUGGAAAGAGAGGCAUUCCCAAUAAGGCCGCACCUGGUGUCCCAUAUUUCACACCAGCGCAAGAACCUCCAUCCGGAACAGCUACCGAUCCUCAGCCUGAUGGAAAGCCUCUGCCAAAAGUAUUCCGACCUCUUACAAUUCGUGGAACGACAUUCCAGAACCGCAUCUUCCUCUCACCCUUAUGCCAAUACUCGUCCGAGAAUGGUCAUUUCACAGCAUGGCAGUUCGCCCAUCUUGGCGGCAUCUUUACCCGUGGUCCUGGACUUACCAUAAUCGAAGCAACAGCCGUUGUUCCAGAAGGACGAAUCACUCCCGAGGAUAGUGGUAUCUGGAGCGAUGAUCAUAUCGAGGGUGAGUGGGGAUUGAAGAAAGUCACUGAAUUCGCACAUUCCCAAGGACAAAAGAUCGCUAUUCAACUCGCCCACGCUGGACGGAAAGCGUCGACAGUCGCUCCAUGGUUGAACAUGGGAGCUACAGCUACAGAGGAUGUGAAUGGCUGGCCAAAAAAAGUCAAAGCCCCAUCCGCAACCCCAUAUAAUGACGCCUUCCCUCAGCCAAUUGCCAUGACUCUUGAAGAUAUAGAGGAUUUGAAGAAGAACUGGGUUGCGGGUGUUGAACGCGCCGUCAAGGCGGGCUUCGACGUUAUUGAGAUCCACAACGCACAUGGAUAUCUAUUCCACGAGUUCCUGUCACCUGUUGCAAACCAGCGGGCUGACAAGUAUGGUGGAUCCUUCGAAAACCGCACACGUCUUACGCUUGAGAUUGUCGAAUUGACUAGAAAGGCAAUGCCAAAGGACAUGCCCCUGUUCCUUCGAAUUAGUGCUUCCGACUGGUUAGACACCAACCCAGAAUUCAAGGGCGAGUCUUGGACUCUAGCAGACACAGUGAAACUGGCUCCUCUGCUCGCAGAACGUGGUGUCGAUUUCUUGGACGUAUCAUCGGGAGGCAACUCUCCUCUGCAGAAGAUCAAGGGCGGCCCAGGAUACCAAGCGCCUUUCGCCAAGGCUAUCAAGAAAGCAGUGGGCGACAAGCUAUUAGUUGGGACUGUCGGCAGUAUCACUGAAGGGAAGCAAGCUGAGGCUAUAUUAACAGGGAAGGGAAGUGAGGAGCAGGCCAGAGGAAGUGAAGAGCUGGACGCUGUGCUUGUAGGACGCAUGUUCCAGAAGGAACCUGGUCUGGUGUGGAGGUUUGCAGAGGAGUUGGGCGUGCAGAUUAAUGUUGCUAACCAGAUUAGAUGGGGAUUUGGUGGCAGGCCGGGUGCGCCAAAGAAGGAGAAGAGUGGGAAGUUGUGA